CCGCUCGGCGCGCAUGAGGCGGAUUAACGCGUACCGGGAGCCAUGGAGCGGGACCGGGGCGAGUUGGUGUCUACCUUCCGCCACAAAACUUCGUCUUUGGAGCGGGUGGAGGAGGAGGGCGAUGACGAUGAGGAGGAGGAUGAAUUGGACAUCUUUGGGGGUUACGACAGCCUCACGUGCUACAACAGCAGCAUGGGCAGUGACAGCAGCUCCUGUCUGGAGGAGUCUAGUGAUGAUGAGGUGGCAGACCGGGAAGCUGGAGAGCUUUCGACCUCUCCUGUGCACCAGCCGUCCACAGGCCGGCUCAUGGAAGACAGCGGCUCCGAGCCAGCUGUGUGUGAGAUGUGUGGGAUUGUGGGCACCAGGGAAGCUUUCUUCUCCAAAACCAAACGUUUCUGCAGCGUCUCCUGCUCCAGAAGCUACUCCUCAAAUUCCAAGAAGGCCAGCAUCCUGGCCAGACUGCAGGGGAAACCACCAACGAAGAAAGCUAAAGUUCUGCACAAGGCAUCCUGGUCGGCCAAGAUUGGGGCCUUCCUCCAUUCGCAGGGCACGGGACAGCUGGCAGAUGGGACACUGACAGGUCAGGAUGCACUCGUCCUGGGCUUUGACUGGGGAAAGUACCUUCAGGAGCACGGCUACAAGGCAGCUCCUGUCAGUUGCUUCAAACAUGUGCCGCUCUUCGAUCAGUGGGAUGAUGUGGUGAAAGGUAUGAAAGUGGAAGUGCUGAACAGUGAUGCCGUGCUCCCCAGCCGUGUGUACUGGAUUGCAUCUGUCAUCCAGAUCGUAGGAUACCGGGCCCUUCUGCGAUAUGAGGGCUUUGAAAAUGAUGCUGGCCAUGACUUCUGGUGCAAUUUGGGCACAGUGGAUAUUCACCCUAUUGGCUGGUGUGCCAUCAACAGCAAAAUCCUGGUACCACCACAAACUAUCCAUGCCAAGUACACUGACUGGAGAAGUUACCUCAUGAAAAAACUGGUGGGAGCUAGGACCAUCCCAGUGGAUUUUCACAUGAAGAUGGCAGAGAGCAUGAAGUACCCGUUCCGGCAGGGCAUGCGAGUCGAGGUGGUGGAUAAGAACCAUGUGUCCCAGACACGCAUGGCAGUGGUGGACACAGUGAUUGGGGGCAGACUGAGACUCCUCUAUGAGGACGGUGACAGCGACGAUGACUUCUGGUGCCACAUGUGGAGUCCCCUCAUCCAUCCCGUGGGCUGGUCACGGAGAGUGGGCCAUGACAUAAAGAAGACAGAAGAAAAGCGCAAUGAUAUGGCAAACCAUCCUACCUUCCGGAAGAUUUACUGUGAUGCCGUCCCCUAUCUGUUUAAGAAGGUACGAGCUGUCUAUUCUGAAGGUGGAUGGUUUGAGGAAGGCAUGAAACUGGAAGCUAUUGACCCCCUGAAUCUGGGCAACAUUUGUGUGGCCACUGUUUGCAAGGUCCUCCUGGAUGGGUACCUCAUGAUCGGCAUUGAUGGAGCCACGUCUGCUGAUGGCUCCGACUGGUUCUGCUAUCACGCCUCCUCACACGCCAUCUUCCCCGUCAACUUCUGUAAGAGGAACAGCAUCGACCUGACCCCUCCAAAAGGGCAAGAUGCAAAGACCUUCAACUGGGAAAUUUACCUGGAAGAGACUAAAUCAAGACCUGCUCCAUCACGGCUCUUCAACACAGACUGUCCAAACCAUGGCUUCAAGGCAGGCAUGAAGGUAGAGGCAGUGGACCUGAUGGAGCCCCGGCUCAUCUGCGUGGCCACAGUGAAGCGUGUGGUCCAGCGUCUCCUUAGCAUCCAUUUCGAUGGCUGGGACAAUGAGUAUGACCAGUGGGUGGACUGCGAGUCUCCAGACAUUUAUCCUGUGGGGUGGUGUGAGCUGACAGGCUACCAGCUUCAACCACCUGUUGUUCCAGAGCCCACAACUCCAGUGAAGGCCAAGGAGGUGCCCAAGAAGAAGAAGAAACCCUAUGGAAAGAAGAGAAAAAAGUUGGCUGCCAAAGCCCGCAGUGUCAAGCAGACUGUCAAGAAGCCUUCCACCUCGAAUACAAAACGAGAAGCAAAAGCUGCCAGCCAGGCUUUGCCAGAGCCAGCACCUGAUGAGAUCAUUGCCGUGCAGGUGAAAGAAGAAACCAUCGACCCCUCAGAUGCAGAGUUUGGAGACACAGGACUUCCUGUUCCCAUCAGCAGCAUAAAGCAGGAGGACGCAGACUGAUCCUGGAGUAUCCCCCAGCUGCCCACAGCAGUUUCACCUUGUGGUCCUCUGGGGAAGGUCCUGGCAGAGGGAAGCAGAAGACUAAAAGGGCCUUCCCUUUUUAAAGCAGACCACCCUGCAGCAUCACAACUCUGCUUUCCUGGUGUGCAAGAAAAUUUCCCCCAGAACUGUAAUACUAAACCCUGGGAAACAGCAGAAAGGCCACAGGCACACUGAGGAGAAUGACCAGGGUGGCUGCUGGGGCUGCGUGUGCCUGACUUUGAAGGCACAUUUUGAAGUGGGAGCUCACAACGGGCAAAGAAGCUACCAGAACACAAAGGGGCAGUUUGAGUUCUUGGCUGUGGCUGGAGGUGACAAGCUGUGGAUUGAGGUGAUGUGUGCAGGCCCCAUGUGUCAGGAAAGGGGCUGUCCUCGUAGGAUGUUGGUGCUGUGUUCCCUGGUCUAGGCUCUGCAAGCCCUGGAGAAAGUCAGGACAGGAAGGGGGGAAAGAGAUGAAAAGAAAAAAAAAAAAGAGAUGAUGAUGCCUCUUGAAAGAGCAAGGGACCUUUUUUCAUAGAAUCAUAGAAUGGUUUUGGUUGGAAGGGGACCUGGAAGAGAGUCCACCCAUUGAAUCCAUCUCUCUCCAGUUUAGAGAGAAGGGUGUUGUGGGGGAAUGUGUCAAAGGCUUUGCAGAAGUCCAGAGAAAUUACUUCUGUAGCCCUUCCCUUAUCCACGGAUGUAAUCACUCCAUCAUUGAAAGCCACUAGGCUGGUCAGGCAGGAUUUUCCCUUGUGGAGCCCUGCUGGCUGUCCCGAAUCACCUCCCUGUCCUCCAUGUGCCUUAGCAUAGCUUCUAGGAGGAUCUGUUCCAUGACCUUCCCAGGCACAGAGAUGAGGCUGACAGGUGCUUCCAUGCUACUUUUCCAGCACAUGUCCGUGUGGUGGAAGUCCCCCAGCAGGAAUAGCCUGCAAGCACGAUGUCUCCUGGAGUUGGAGCAGGGAGGCUUUGUCAAUAGGCUCCCCUACAGGUGGCCUGUAGUAGACUCUAACCACGAGGUUCCCUUUGUUGCCUCAGUCUGAUUUUUACCCACAGGCUUUCAAUAUGCUCAUGGCUGUUGUUCAGAGACAGCUCUUCACAGUUAGUUCUCCUCUUCAUGUAGAGGGCAACCCCUCCACCUCUUCCUUUCCUGUCUCUUCUGAACAGCCCGUAGCCAUUGAUAUUUGCACUCCAGUCACGGGAUUUGUUCCACCAAGUUUCGGUAAUGGCAACAAGGUCAUAACUUUCCAGCAGCACAGUGGCUUCCAACUCCUCCUGGUUGUUGCCCAUGCUGUGUGCUUUGGUGUAAAGGCAGCUGGGUUGGGCUGUCGGCCGUGUCACCUUUGUAAGACUGCAGAUGUGCUCCACUGUGUCUAGUACCACUUAGAGUCACCUGCAGAGGAGCCUCAUUAGCACCCUCUCCCUCUAACCUUUUCAAACCAUCCCCCAAAUUGCCAGGGAUAAGCCUGAUAUCGGUCCCCCUCCCUCCUCACAUGCAGUGUAAUCAAGCAAUCUGGUUCCCUAGAAGGGGGAAUAAGAGGAGUGACCACAACCUUAAACACCCUCAGUAUAGUUAACCCUUUGAUCCAUGACUUGAGGGGCAGUCAAGGAACAUCUUUCACUGCCCUGAUUGGUAUGGCCUACUCCCCAAUAGGAAGCAAUGGCGCUUUGAUCACACACCCCUGACCCAAGUCCUUUGGUUUAAAGCCUGUCUUACCAAGCUGGCCAGCCUGCUGCCAAAGAUUCUCUUGCCCUUUUUAGACAGGUGGAUCUUAUCCCUUCCUAAUUGGCUACAAUCAUUAAAGCACACCCCAUUGUCACCAAAGGCAAAACCUCAAUGGCACCAGCCUUGAAGCCAGACAUUGAUCUGUACUAUGUAUCUUCUUCUGUUAUCAUUUCUUGCUUAUGAACCCAGAUCUGCAAAGGACUUGGAACGUGAUUUGCAUUUUUAGUUUUUUAACAGUCCUACUGUAAAUUUCAUCUAUGAUUUUGUACCCUAAAGCCCUGUGACUUAAACUUGAGGAAGAGGCCAAAGGCUUGUGCAUUGCUUUCUGGGUCACUGAAAUACCAGGGUUAGCCAAAAUGGGGAGAAGAGGGCUGUAAGGGGGUAGGUAUAAAUAAACAGUAUUUGGGAUUUGGGGGUUUUUUUAAGCAUGCAGUAGGGUUUUUCCAUGCACUCACUGCUGUCAACUUGCCAGUUCUAUGUAAGGGUUAAAUAUCACAAGAGCACAUAAUAACUUCAGAUAACUGAAGACAGGGAAUGCUUUUUCCAGUUUUAGGGUGAAACUGUAAUAUUCCUCUCUUUCUCUAGACUGGCCAUUGAAGUUCAGGACAGAAUUCAGGAAAGAAUAUGACAACAGUGAUGAGAAAUAGCUUUAAAUCUCCUGUAGCAGGUUCCUGAGAACUUUCUGCAGGUAAGGAAGGGCCACUGCAGGGCCAGGCGGCUGCAGGACAAGUGCCUUGGCAAACUGUGGCACAAAACAGGGAAAUGGUGGCUGCAGAGGAUGCUGCUUUGGCCACAAAAUGGCUGCCUGGGCCACGUGCCCCUCAAGCUUCCAGGCGAGAGCUUGAGAUGCCACAAUAGCUCUUGCUUUGCAGUAUGAUUCAUGACCGAAAAAAUAAGGUUGGCAAGCUAACUGUCUAGAAAGCACAGGGUAGAUACUGGGAAUAAUUAACACAGUAUUCCUCUUUUCCCUUUUAAAGAAGCAAAUGGAGCCUUUAAAGGGAGAGGGAAGAAGGGGCUUGGCCGGAGCAAUGAAACAUAAGUGGAAAAACUGUGGAAAGUUUGCAUCAAACCAGGCACAAGAUAUGUGCCAUCCCUAGGUGAUCCUCGUGAGGGCCCUGGGCUCCUGGGGGAACUGUGCUAGAGUCGGCAUGGUUGGAAGAAGUGGAAGUUUUUAUGGAAAGCAUGUAGCAGGGCUUCCCUUUGGCUAGUUGCCUUUCCUGGUAGCUCUGCAGUAGGUUUCAGUGUGGGAGGAUCUCAUUUCAGGGCAAAGCCGUUGCCUUUCUUUCUUCCCCUCUCUCUUGGGCUGACCUUUUCCCAGCCUUGUCAAACAGCUGGGCUUGUAGGGCCACCUCUCUUUAGAGGAUGAUAAUUUCCAAACACCUUUGGCUUUCUUUCACCUGUUUUUUGCUGUAAUAAUUCUAUGCCCCACAGGGUAGUUUAAUGCUUAUCUUUUAAAACCUUUCCAAUUUGAACAAACUUCAUCCCAACCUAGGCUUCCAUGGGAAAGGAUUUGGGCACUUUGCUUAUGAUGGGAUCACUUACAGGAUCACUGAUCCCAUUUCAUCAGUCAGACCACUGAUCGAAUUUUGCAGGAAAUAAAAAGGCUUCAAUCUGCUUAUGUUUUAA